UGCUCUCCCAAUGUCGACCACUGGCACAGAAUCACUCCCUAAGACACCAGAGCGCGUUUCUUUCGCGUCUCUGACACCAAACAACCUUGGGACUGUUAGAAAGUUAAACUCUGUCUUGUUCCCAAUCAGGUAUAGCGAGAAAUUCUACCAGGAUAUUUUAUUACCAGAACUAGAGGAUUUCUGCAAACUUGUGUAUUACAACGAUGUCCCAGUUGGGACUAUUUGUUGCAGACUAGAAACGACAGAUGGGGUCACCAAACUGUAUCUGAUGACUAUGGGCGUUCUUGCACCGUAUCGUUGCCGAAAGCUUGGAUCGCAGAGCCUUGAGCUUAUCGUGAAAGCCGCAGCAUCACAGGCCAAGCCAAAAAUCAGUCACAUAUAUCUCCAUGUUCAAGUUUCCAAUGACCCUGCUAAAAGGUUCUACGAGCGGCACGGUUUCAAAGAAGUUGGAGUGCACGAGAACUAUUACAAGAGAAUUGUCCCGCGCGAUGCAUGGAUCCUCGAGAGAGUCAUCGAUAGCGCGGAGAAAAACUAGAACGCAAUGAGAAUAUCUUGAAAUUCUUUUCUUGAGCGGAAACGCUAUAGUUAUGGUACACGUCCCCAAAAAUCUCAAACAUCGUCGUAUACAAUGGAAUAAUUAGUACAGGAUAAUCGUUCAAGCCAAAAUUUAACUGCAAGAUAAAGUAACAACCCUAAAGUCCAAUCACGCGUCCUCUUCAUGGCCACAAUGUUUAACGAGCUAAUGGUUUUGAGCAUCUUUUCUUGUAAAGGUCUUUCCACAUCCUCCGUUGCAAAAGAAUGGCUUCUCCCCAGAGUGUGUUUCUCUGUGUCGCUUGAGGUCAUGCUGUCGGUUGAAUGAUAGCGCACACAUAUCACAAGAAAAUGGCCGAGUUGGAGAUGCAGGGUACUGUGCCAUGUGAUCUACAGGUGGAGACCCAUGCGAAGAAUAAUUUGGCGAUGGGUAAGGAGGAGAUACUGUCAUGGAGUUGCGCGAAGAAUGAGAAUUUGGCAUUGGGUAGCCCUGCGACGGGUGCGAGCGGGGAAUGGGGAUCGGUUGACGCGAAGUGUGUGUUGUGGGCAUAUUCUCUGAGAUAUACAUUGGAUGGUGAGAAUAAACACCAGAAGGAGUGCGGUUCGUCAUGGAGGAAUGGGAUGGAACGGUUGCAUAUUCCGCUCCUGGGUACUGGACUGGGGAUUGUGGCAUACCACUCGUCGCGUACGGCGGAGAGGAUGGGUGCAUCCCGGUGCGAAAACCAUUUGUUUGUGCAUAACCGUACGACGAUGACUGGUAGUGCCCUGCAGAUGAGUAGUGAGCGGGUUGACUAGCGGCCCAUUGACCAGCAUGGGCUGGGAUGGUGUUGGGAACGUAGGAGAAGUUACGUCGAUCGGUCAUGGUAUUGAUCGAAAGUGAGGCGGAUUUCUUAGAAGGCACUGAGCCAAGGACUCCACUGUCGGUUCAUAUGCGUUUCGAGAGCCGCUGAACAGGGCGGGUGUAUGGUUAUUUCGCCGUGCCUCCGGGAACCGUCGUCUGGAAGGAGACAGUUAGAUGAUCUGGUUCAGACACUUUCGAGACUCAGCUUUAUUCAUGUUUACCUUUUCGAUGGCCUCCUGCUCUGAUGAAAUUCGUUAUCUGUCGUAUAUUUCAACAUCACCGCGCCUACCGAUUAGGGAAGUCCAGACACUCGACCAGCGGUUAGAGAUUGGUUGCGGUCCUGUGACUGUUCAGAGUAGUAGCUAUCAAAUCCGGUAUCUCUCUUAGAUUCCGUGGGCUAUGAAUGAAUCAUAUCUUGAUGGUGAAGAAUUAUGCACCUGUUCUUGUGACAGGUUGCAUAGCCUCUCCCCGUUGUGAUCGAAAAGAGAUAACUUCUCCCAGCUCAUGAUGUCGUGAUUUGAAGAUCGGUCAAGUGUU